AUGUCUCUUGAAGCUUGGCCGAACGACGAGAACUCACUGUUCGGGAGCUAUACAGCUGUUGACUGCCGGUCUGUCUUCAGUCGUGUACUCAACACCAAAGUUAUGUUGUUGUCCUGUGGAGCCCUUGACUUGAGAGACAAGCAGGCUGAGCAGAGUUCAACCAACGGCGGGUACAUUGCAAAACACGCUAUCGACGGGGGUCAGAACUCAAUUUCGGUUACAGUGGCUGAAGUUAAACCAUGGUGGAGAGUUGACCUUGGUGAAGCCUACUGCUUGAAACAAAUAUCUCUGAAAGUAAGAGUUGACUGUUGCGCUAACAGACUCGACCAAGCUACAGUGAGGGCAGGCUUCAGCACAGACCACUACCUCAACCGGUUUAUCGGCCCUCGUGUAUCAAUCAACGCGUCCGGCUUGGGAGCAUUGUUGCCGUUCGUGCCCAGUCCGCUCGUCACGGCUCGUUAUGUCAGCGUCAAUCAUGAUAAGACCUCCAUCAAGAUUGUAGCAAUGGCAGAAGUCAUGGUAGACGAACUCCUUGAUACAGACACGGAAGCUGAAGUAACAGAGGAAGGGUUGGACUUCACUGUUGUCAUCCACCCGCCUGUAGUGGGCCAAGGUGAGAUUGUCAUCGGUGCAUACAAAGGAUGUAGGGACAUCACUGCUAACGUGUCAUUCGGUAGACAGUUGACGACCGGAGGAAAUCAGAGCGGACUACCGGGGCAAUCCAGCCAGGUCGAUGACAUUUACUACGGUCGCGCGACGAGGUUGCUUCUUUUGCCGGAUCUGGAUGGAAACGACAGGGUCGGUGUCUUCUACUCCGAAGCUUCGAAAAAUCAAAGCACGACUCGAAUACAGGCGAUUAUCCUCCCGAAUGAUGACGCAAAUGUUCAUACUGUUCCGGUAUAUCGGACCCUAACGACAAGCAUUGGAGAGGCGGUUUCCCUUCAGAUGCUCAACAAGACUUCAAACACUACCUACAGGUGGAAGCAUAAUGGAGAUGCAAUAGAUGCAUGGAAUAAUCAGCUCACGGUGUCUAUUCCAAGUGUUGUCCAAUCAGAUGAAGGGAUAUAUAGCUGUUUCGUGGACGGCCAAGAAGAUCAACAACGUCACGGCAUAAUGAGACUCAUAGUGCGAGGCUGUGCAGCUGGAAUGUGGGGGCCGCCAUCUUGCUCGCUUUUUUGCACUCAAUGUCAUAAUGGUGGUGUUUGUGAUGACGUCACUGGAACAUGCGUCUGCGCUCCGGGCUUCAGUGGAGAAAACUGCGAACAAAGUCAUGGUCGUCAUGUCUUUGGCAAGAAUGCCGAGAGAAGUUGCUCUGACAACAUCGACCCACACCACACCGACUGUCAAGGCCGUCUGUUUUGUCUCCGUGACCCGUACGGGUGCUCGUGUGCUGCAGGGUAUAAAGGACUUGACUGCAUGCCGGAAUGUGAUGAAGGGACGUAUGGUGUUGACUGCAAGCAAACAUGCCGAUGUGUAGACGGACAAACAUGUCUUAAAGACACGGGCCAAUGCAGUGGAGGGGAGAGUUUGGUUGUGAGUCUUGCAGUGACGUCACAGGGACCGCGUCAACUGUCCGCAACAUGGCUACCGGAUCGCUGCUUCACCAUCGGCUACUUCGUGAAUGUCACUGACACAGCUUCUAGUCUCGUGAUUGUUGGUGAACAAUACAUAAAUAACACUGAAGAAUCUGUGCUCGUCUCUGGUUUGGAGCCGUUUACUGAGUACCUAGUGCACGUUGCAGGCAACACUAGUGAGGGGCCUGGACCGUAUGGAGAUGGUGUUACUGUAAGGACCGAUGAGUCAGAGCCUACCGCGCCCUUGAACGUCACCAUAACGACUGCCUACAGAUCUGCCCUGAUUGUUGAAUGGAUCGAGCCCAAUACACCGAAUGGGAUCAUUAUCAACUACGACAUCACCUUUUGGAGAGUCGACGUUUCAUCGCCAACAACGGUCCUCACUGAUAUUCAACCUGGGAGCAAUUUGAUUUAUCAAAUCAUUAAUCUACCAAUCGGUUCCACUUACUCCAUACAGGUGCGAGCUAAGACGUCUGUAGGGGCAGGUCCUUGGAGUGACGUCAUCAAUGGAACAACCCAAAGUGAAGCUUUUGAGUUUGUAACGAAUCUUCACUCGAUGGAUCGAACAGACAGAACAGUUACCCUCCAGUGGGAUCUAACGUCAAAUAUCCAAGGCCAAAUACGAAGCUACAUGGUGGCGUACAAAGCUCUAGAGAAACCACACCAGCCUAGUUACACAACACCGGAUGAGUAUCUUGGAGCUGAGGUAGAGGUCGUACCGUACAGUCUAGGCGGUCUUGAACCAGGCACGAAGUAUGAGAUAAGAGUCUCGGUACUGGCUGAAGACUCUGCGGAAGGUGCUGCAGUCCUGCAAGUGUACACGAGACCUCAUCUCGAUCCUCCUGCGCCUCUUCCUCCGAUAACGUACCCAGAUGUAUCUACUCUCUCUACAGUCACCAUAAGUCUCAACACGGACAGAUUCGACGACGCAUACAUUGUCUCCUACGUAGUUCAUGUCAAGAAGACAGCCUCCCCAUCCGCGACCAAGAGAGAUGUCGUACAGUCGCUACAUUAUGUAGACUCUCCGUAUGAUUACAUAGCAGCCGAGUUCCUCAAGCAAUCUGUACCGGAGGGGUUUGUAGUGGGUGAUGGAGAGACGUACGGAGGUUACUACAACGCUCCAUUAGCCAUGAACACCGACUAUGAGAUUCGUGUUGGAGCGUUUAGCAAAGGCAAUGGCACGGAGGUUUCCGUUACAUAUUCAGAGCCAGUUUCUAUCACAGUUCAAGGGGUUGAGUCUUGUGACGGCAGAGGAGGAGGAAGAGGAGGUGUUAACACUGCCCUCAUUGUUUUAGUCAUCGUGUUUGGGGUCGGUGUCUUAUUGCUUAGCAUCAGUGUAAUCGUUGUCAGUCUACUCUACAGGAGGAACCGCUCUCGUCCUUCGUUGAACACGGUGGCUGACGGACGGGUCGCCUCUCAAUUUGUCCGGAAAGUGGACUCCGCGAGUAUUGAGUUACAACCCUGCUCUGAUAGUAGUCUCUGGACAGCUAAAUGUGACAUAGCCUGGGAAGACCUAACCAUAGAUAGGUCCUUCAUUGUUGGCAAGGGCCGCUUCACCGUAGUGCGCAGGGGCAGUGUGAAGAUCAAGGGAAAGAUCACACAGGCAGCAAUCAAAAAUCUCAAAGAUGACGUUCCUAAGAACGCAAUUGAUGUCCUAGUGAGGGAGUUUCUGACCAUGAGAAUGAUUGGACCACACCCGAAUAUUGUCGCCAUGUUGGGUGCAUGCUCCAAUGACGGCGCUUUGUACGUGGCGACUGAGUAUCUAGCUAAAGGUAUUCUCCGUACAUUCUUGCGGAGUCGUCGUCUUAUUCAGCUCAGACGACAACAGUCGAACAAAGAGGGCGACCGCCCACUGACCUCCUCAAACUUGCUCCAAUUCGGUGUUGAUGUGGCCAAAGGGAUGGAGCACUUGUCCAAAAGUGGGAUCAUUCAUCGAGAUCUUUGUGCCGGGAAUAUUCUUCUUGGAACAGACAUGACUGCUAAAAUCGCUGAUUUGGGACUUGCCGAUGGAGACAGACACACACAGCAAUCGGAUCGACGGAUUGCGACCCGAUGGUUGGCCAUUGAAUCAUUGACACUCAACAUUCACGUGUGUAGGAGUGACGUUUGGUCGUUUGGGAUCUUGCUGUGGGAGAUAGUAACGUUUGGUGGAACGCCCUAUCCCGACACAGAGAGCAAACACCUUGCUAGUCAAUUAAUGAAUGGCUACCGUUUGCCCAAGCCGGAAAACUGUUCAGACAAACUGUAUGAUUUGAUGUUAAAGUGCUGGCAGUUACAACCAAAGGAUCGACCGAGCUUUGAAGAUAUCGGCAAAGAUCUUCAGCAGUUGAUCACUGAAUCAGAAACAAACUCAAAAUCACCUCCUCCCAUCUCAUCGCCAACUAUCUAUGAGGAAUUCAGCUUCAUCGAUCCGGAACUGGACGACAGAUAAUUAAGUGGAG